AGUCAGUUUCCGUUGGAAACGCUUUUCGUAAUAUAUCUAGUCGAAUCUUCAAUUUGGGAACACUUUCUUCUUCAUUUGGUAAGUAACGGUCGAAUCGUGUGAAUGGCUGACUCGAUUGCAAGGAAUAAGGCUAACUCUGAGAUCAAACCCUGAAUAAGCUUCUUAACCUGAUCUAGCAACUGAAUAGCAAUGGCCGAAAACGAAUUGUACGAAGUUCACCAUGGAGGCGAAAAACUUGAUCUACCAGCGAACAAAAAUGACCCAGAGAGCUCAUGCGUACAACAUGCAGAUCCUCAACCAUGUUAUACAGCACCACCGUAUUCUUACUAUCCUCCUCAGCCCCAGGCUAAUCAGCAGAGCUUUUUUGGCCCUCAGCCGCAAGCAGGACAUGGGUAUGUGCCGGGUUAUCAGCCGUUGGUAAAUCAACCUCAGGCAACCACGAAUUUCACGACCACAAACACGACAGUCGUGAUGCAGCCGUGCGUAGUAGGGAAUUUAAGGCCUUGUAACUACCUCGUUCACUCCAUUAUCAACACAUUUUGCUGUUGUCCCUUUCUUGGAAUCAUUGCCAUCAUCUUUGGUUUUCUGGUUGAUUCAGCAUACGACAAGGGAUAUUUUGCUCAAGCUAGUUCCUACUCAGACUUAGCCCGGAAGAUGAACAUCGCUUGCUUUAUUUUUGGUAUUGUUAUCUACGUAUUUGGUUUCGCGAUGUAUGCGCACUAUUGGAGCUAUUAAUCAUUUAUUUGGAGCGCUGUCUGUGAAAGAGUUGGUUAUUUCAUGAGAUUUCAUUUUAGAUUUAAGUAAUGUAAGGUGAAUAAAAAGAAAUGAAUUAUUCGUUAAGCUAGGUAGUUAUAUUGAGAUAAAGUAAUAUAGACUCGAUUGCAGAAACGUUGUAGUAUACAUUUAUAGUAGUAUACAUAUUGUCAGGGCUGUCAACUCUCCCGGAAAAACCGGGAGUCUC